AUGUCGACGCAGCUGAAAGGAGCCAAGAGCAUCCUGCUUCUUCAUGGGCCCAACCUGAAUCUAUUGGGCUUCAGAGGUGCGUUCUCGUCGCUGAUGAGUCGCGAGUGUGCCCAAAGAAUUUACUCGACCUCGACCUCCCCCUCGCCAACGGCACAUGACCAGAACCUGACAAGUGAGUGCUACGCGUGUCGACCUCCUCGAGCACCUCGUCCUGGUCUCUGGGCCUACCUACUGCAUGCCUAUCGAUGCUUACUGCUGCCUGUCAAUGAACAGAUAUGGCACCGAGACGCUCUCAGACAUUGUAAACCGCGCUCAAGCUCAAGCAUCUUCCUACGGCAUCAAGCUAGAAGCGUUGCAGACGAAUCACGAAGGCGUCUUGUUGGAUCGCAUACACGCGGCCAGGACGGAUGGGACAGAAGCGAGUAAGUCUUGGCGCCGCCCCUCCAAAACCCAUUCCGCACGAUCAAGCCCCAGCACUUAUGCUUCUGAUCCAUGUCAUUGCUGCUCAUCUUCGCAAGUCGUCAUCAAUGCGGGAGCAUGGACGCAUACGAGCGUGGCGAUCCGCGACGCAUUACUAGGUAUCGACUGUCCCUUUGUCGAGCUUCACGUGCGUAGCCUUUCCCUCACUCCUCGAGGAACAGCUCAUCUCGCUCGCUUUCCCUCCUGCUCACGCUCCCGCUGGCACGCACGGCUUUAUUUUCCAGAUAUCCAACACGCACGCCCGAGAAUCUUUCAGGCAUCACAGUUACCUCAGCGACAAAGCCAGCGCCGUGAUUCUAGGCAUGGGGACAUUGUACGUUCUCUGCUACCUUUGCAUCUCGAUACGACAAAAAGCGCAAAGCGUUAACCCCUCCCUCUCCACUUCACAUCUUCCUCGUCCGCGCGCACAGUGGAUACACGGCAGCUAUCGAGCAUUGCGCUCGCAACCUCAGAAAGGGAGGUCUUUCCAAAUAA